AUGGCUGGUGAGCUCCUGAUUGUGGUAAAGAAUACAUUUAUCGAUAUUGAGCCGGAGGAGAAGUCGCUGCGGUGGAAUCGCUCUUGGUCUUGUGGCGACCAGCGGCUGCCCAUUGACCAGACUUUUGCUUCAUCGACUCUGUGCGCACCUUUCGGAAGGGAUGAAUGCUCUCCUGACCUGGAGGGCCUGGAGGGCACCGAGGGCGCAAGCCUAGGAGGUUCGGUUGAACAGACCGACACCCCAGGCAGUGCAGAUGAAGCUCAAGAGAACCCGACAGUGGGUGCUACCUUGAGUUUGGCAAAACACAACUCAGGGGAGUGUAGCCCAUGUGUGUUUUUUGCCAGCAUGUAUGGAUGUAAUUCGAUGACUUGUGAGUUUUGCCAUUUGAGCCAUCGUGACGCCGGCAAGCGUCCACGGCCGCGCAAGCAAGCUCGAGAUACUUACAAGGAGAUGCUACGAGGUAUUUUUGAGAAGAAACAGGACCCAGAAUCGCGGCGAAAGGCGCUGCAAGCCUUGGCGGCUGAGGACACCUACGUGCGUGCAUUGAUCAUUGGACAACUCGAUGCCGAGAGCACCUGCCCGGACGGAGCCGUGAGCCGUGCACCGGUGGAUGUUCAGCGAAUGCAUGGCUAUGAAGAUCUGAAGAAUGUCACAGAAUACUUUGCAGCUCCAAGGGGCAGUCCUGUCGGUGCUCGGACCACGCGGAACUUUGAAGACACAAAGAAGCACAUGUCGCGUGGUCUAGACCGAGACGCACGCCGCAAAGAGAAGUGCAAGCAAGAGAUGGCCGUGAUUGAUGCUCAGAUCGAAAAGGGCAUGCGCGAUGGAGAGAGCCUAACCUUCCCCCGCAUGACGGAUCAGAGGCCAGGCACAAUCCCUGGUGCAAUGAUCCUGACGCUGAAGGUGGCCAAGCACGAGAGGUUUGAACGGCGAGGAGAUGACCUCCACAUGAAGACCAAGGUGACGCUCCGAGAGUCUUUGUUGGGAUGGACCAAGACCAUCAGACACAUGGACGGCCAUACCAUUGAGAUCGGCACUGACAGCGUGACCAAGCCGUUUCAAGUCAUCAAGGUCAAGGGCGAGGGCAUGCCACUACGGGAUGCAGCGCACUUAUUCGCAGCUUUUUCAGUUCAGCUGACCAGACGUGGGACUGACCAGUCCAAUUUGACACGGUCCUAA